AUGUCCAUUCCAGUGCGCGCAGCACUCCGCCGGUCCACCCGUCACAUUGCGCCUACCUUUGCCCGCGCAGCGUCGACCUCUAGCACCAGCGGGUCUACGUCGAACUCGUCAGGCUUGCCAGCCAGCUCAUCAUCGUCGGCGUCCUCGUCGUCAUCCUCGUCCUCCUCCACUCCCCCUCCUCCAAAGCCCAAACGCAGCUCCGCCUGGCUCGCCCUCUCUCUCGUCCCCGUGGCAGCCUACUACCUGUGGCCCCAGUCCAAAAAGCCUCUCAACCCUCAAUCAUAUUCUGAGCAUGCCAUCUCCUCCAACGAGCGCAUUUCGCCAAAGCACGUCGUCCUGGGUGUCCCCGUCAGCCCCUCGGAGCUGCCCCAGUUCGCCCAAGAUGCAGUCACUCUGCGCGGACAGCACCCGGCACCGGGCGAGGUUGUCGUCCAGCACGUCAUGGUCAAGAACCCGGCUCUCAUGAUCGAGCGCCCGUACACGCCCAUCAACGACGUUGCGGCCGAGGGCGAGAUGAAGAUGGUCGUCAAGCGUGUCCGCGGUGGAGAAGUUGGACGCUUGGUGCACUCGCUCACUCCCCCGGACAAUGUCGGUCUCCGCGGUCCCAUCACGACCGUCUCGCUCAAACCGGACAACUACGACACCGUCAUCAUGGUGUCCACUGGCACGGCUGUGGCGCCGUUCCUCCAGCUGCUCGCAAAGGCACCGACCACGGUGGGGACGCAGUUCAAGCUGCUCCACAUGCACCCCCUUGCGGGCGAGGAUUGGUCGGCGCCCCUCCUGACUCCCUUGCAGCAAAAGUGGGGUGGCAAGCUCGACUUGAAGCGUAUCCCGCCUGGUAGUGUUAGGAAGGACGACAUGCAGCAAGCCCUCGCAGGCUCUGGCCGCGUGCUCGUUCUCGUGUGCCUCCCUACCCAGCUCAUGCGUCCUCUGUGUGGACCCCUCACUCCCAACCUCCAGCAAGGCCCCCUGACGGGUAUGCUCGCAGAGCUGGGCCUCGAUGGCAGCCAGGUCUGGAAACUCGAGUAG